AUGAAAGAGAAGAGAAAGGAUAUUAAGAGUUUGUGGCUUCCCAAGAAGAAGACAAGUUUACCCGUUAUGCAGACAACCAUGGUUCAACCAGCUGUACCUGAGCAAACAAAGGCAUGUCAAUUAACUUGUCGCUCGCGUGAUUGCACGCGUAUGUGGUUACUGUUUAAUUGCGUGCUUGGCCAUUGGAAUGGUAUUCCCGAGCGCGACACUUCUUUUCUCUUCGGGUCAUGGCAAAAAAUGUUCGCGAAUUUUCAAGUGUUACGGUUUCUAGCUAAUUUACUACUGCAAAGAGAAGGAAAAGUUUCGGAAGACUGUCCAGUGGCCAAAAGAAGAGCUUUCGUUAAAAUUUAUACUAAAAACUCCAGAUACUCUCAAGAAAUCAGAGUAUUUUGUCUGUUUUGUAUUACAUCCGAUCUAAAAGGCAACGCAAUUUUCUAUGAAAAAUUUAGAUUUAAUUUCAGCAGAUUUAAGACAAUAUCCUAUCAAUUGGAAACUUAACCACUAUUCCUAGUGAAUCUUGUUUUUAAAUAUACAGUCGCGUUAGCUUUACAGUCCGUGUCGUGUAAAAGUCUCGAAACUUAUAACAAAGGCUGCCUUAUUCUCGGUUUGCAACUGAAUCAUUUCCAGUCUUCUUCAUAAAGUUACUGAAUGUGAUCCACGCGCGUUUUUAGAGAAGAGACAACUACGCGCGAGUUAGGAUAUGAUCUGUGUUUGAUUUUUUUCAGGAUCAAGGUGGAAGAGGCCGGUUGACUUUCACUCUCCAUUACCAUUACCAGUAUGCGUCGAAAUCGUAAGUGGAUCUUGUUGAUCUUUACGUCCUACCCCGUUUCUCUUCAACUAACAAAAUUACCUUUCAUCAAAUAAUGACCCAAACAGUCCUGUGUGCGACACACACCUGUCAGUGUUAAGAGGUGAGCGAGGGCGUGAGCGGGGCCGGAGAAAGCCGUUCGACCCCGCGAGACGCGAUCUGAGGAAAAAAAAGAUGAUCAUGAAAAAAGUGACUGUCAAAUGGCGGAGUGCAUAUUGACUGAUUUCGGUCGUGCUAGACACAAAAAUACUUAGCUCUCGGUCUUGACUAGCCUACAGUGCAGGUGUCUUAUUGGUGCGAGCUAACGUUAUAAGCUCGCGAUCGUUUAUCCGACCGGCCAUGUUUGAUUUGCAGUUAGAGUGGACGGUGGGGGUAGGGGGCAAGGGAAGGGCGAAAAGACCCCACCACAUCCCCACCCAUCUCCUUAUUUUUGAACGUCAACCGCCCCCUUGGUACAAAUUUAUUUCUCUCCCCAGCCAUCCGCUGUUAUUAAAAUCAAAGACGACGGCCAUAAUAUUCGUUAUGAAAUUACUGAGCACUCGCUCGCCAAAAUUACGCCUGCUCUGCAGGCUAGGUCUUGACGAAUGGGGCUAGCUGCCUUCGGUUCGUGGCUGCUUUCGGUUGGCCUUCGGUUCGUUCGUGCACCAUGACCUCGAGACAAAAAUUUUCCCGCACGGCUCUCCCACACAGUUGGUAAGUACACAUUGUUGGACGUGUGUGAGCUGUAUUUUCCAUAACGGGGUAUUACUCUUGAGUUUCGAUGGCAUUUAAGGGUAUUCUGAAUUACUUUGCCGUCACAAAUUAUCAGUUUUCAUCGACAAAGAGGGACACAGCCCUACUUUCCCCCCAAGAAUCCUCGUAGCCAUACCUGCUGAUUCUACGAAGAAUAAUUUUCUUACAUAUUUAACUUUUAUAAAUCUAUACAAGAAAGUUUCGACUUGUAUUCUCGCAGAUCCGUUCUGCUCGUCAAACUUGCUAGUGCCCAGGAUUUACCGCUAAAAGAUGAUGACGAUCCCCCGGAUGUGUUCGUCAAAACACAACUCGUCCCAAGCCGCAAGCGAGUUUACAUCUCUAAAGUGCAUAGAGAAACCUCGAACCCAGUCUUUGAUGAGACAUACGAGUUUGAUAUAGAAUAUCAAGAGCUACAACAACAAAGGCUUCUAUUUGAGAUUCUUGACUACGACUGCAUGUCCAGAUACAAGUCAGUUGGAGAGGUCAGCGUUCUUCUCGCAGAACUUGGAACACAUGGUUUUAACAUUUUGAGAGAGGUAUCUCUGUGUGUUUACAUAUCUAGACCCCGGAAAGAAUGA